AUGCAGCGGGCCUUCAGAGCUGCUGAGGCUGAGGGGCUUUGCGGGGCUCUGCAGCACCACGGGGCUGCAGUUUCAAACCCUUCGCAAACCCUAAACCCUAAACCCUUAAACAGCGUAUACACCCCAAAACGCUCCUACGCAGAGCUGCUCUCAAACCUCUUCGGAAGGCCCCCGCUGCAGUUCGAACUUAAAGGAAAUGAGGCAGAAGCAGACUCACUGCAGCAGCAGCAGCAGCAGCAGAAGGAGCAGCAGCAGCAGCAGCAGCAGCAGCAGCUGGCAGCAGAUGAGAUGCUGCUUAUUGUCAUACCCUUCAGGAACAGAUUUGAGCACCUGCAAAUCAUGUUAGAGAGAGUUUCAAACUACCUCGAUACCCUGAUACUGCAGCAGCAGCAGCAGCAGCAGCAACAGCAGCAGCAGCUGCAGCAGCAGCAGCAAGAAGGCUGGCCCCGUGGAACGACGCAGUUUUGCUUCGUAGUGGCGGAGCAGCAAGACAAGGGCCCUUUCCACAGAGGCGGCUGCUGCCAGCAGCCUCCGCCGCCGCCGCAGCAGCAGCAGCAGCAGCGCCAACUGCAGCCGCCGCGUCAGCAGCAUCUCCCACUGCUGCUGCAGCAGCAGCAGCAGCAGCAGCAGCAGCAGACUUCCCCGCUGCUGCGCUUUGCAGCAGCUCCUGGGGCCCCGCAGCAGCAAAAACAAGCAUAUCCACGUAUCGACGUGUUUGCUGCGGCUGCUGCUGCUGUUGCUACUCCUGCUGCUGCUACUCCUGCUGCUGCUACUCCUGCUGCUGCUACUCCUGCUGCUGCUGCUGCUGCUGCUGCUGCUGCUGCUGCGUCAGGCGCCUACCUGCCGGCGCCCCGCAGAGGCGUGGUGCGGCAUUUGUACGGAGAGCCCUGGGCUUUGUCGAUGGUCUUUUGUCUUCUUCUCGAGGACUUCGUAGCAGCAGACGGUGAGCUGCAGCAGCUGCAGCAGCUGCAGCAGCUGAAGCAGCUGCAGCCGCUGCAGCAACUGCAGCAGUUGCACAAACUGCAGCAGCUGCAGCUGCAUGCAUCCCCGAAGGCCCAGCUGCGCCGCAUGCAUGCGCUGCAGCAGGCCCCAGGAAUGCUGCAGCAACUGCAUGCAGGCCACGACCUUCGCUACGAGGGCUGGGGCUUUGAAGAUGAAGAUUUCUGCAUGCGUUGUCGGCGGUCGGGGCUGUACGUACAGCGCAGCCCGCUUGCUGCUGCUGCUGCUGCUGCAGCUGCUGCUGCAGCAGAAGCCGCAGGCGCAGCUGCAUCAGCAGGUGGAGCGGCGGCCCUGGCGACGGAAGCUGCAGCUGAGGACGCUGCACCUGCUGCUGCUGCUGCAGCUGCUGCUGCGGCGCCGGCAGCACUUUGUGACUCUGGCUGCUGCAGCUCGACCUUCAGCCGCCGACUUUGCUGCUGCUCUCCUUUUGCUGAACUGGACUUGUCAUCUCGUGAAGACUUUCAAAAAGAGGUGAAGCUGAAGCUGCGGACUUUGCAUGCAAGACGCAACCGCCGCCUCUUCUGUAGCAUUUGGCCUGACAGCAGCAGCAGCAGCAGCAGCAGCAAGAGGAACGCGAGCAGCUGCCUCGAGCGCAGCAGCAACUGCUGCAGCGCCACAGCGCAGCAGCGUGGCACUGCAGCACUAACGAGUCCAGGAGCUUCCAGACAAGACUUAGGAAGCAAAUACGGCCUGAGACACACGCAGCAGCUCUUGAACAGCGGAGCCCUUUUGCUGUCAGUCGAGCCCUGGCCCUGCAGCGGCGCUGCUGCAGCCGCAGCAGCAGCAGAAAGCGCAGCAGCAGCAGCAGCAGCAGCAGCGGUGCCAGCGGCUCCAAAAACAGUGGCGUCAUUGCCUGCAGCUACGGCAGCAACAGCAGCAGGACCAGCAGCAGAAACUGCUGCUGCUGCCUCCCCUUCUGCAGCUACAAAUGUCAGAGAGAAAGGCAAAUGCCCUGCAGCUGGUGCCUCUCCAAAGCAGCAGCUUCUGGCGAAGUAUGGGCCCCGUCUUGUGUGGCUUAAUGUGCGCCUGUUGGACCCUUUUCUGGGGUGUCUCAGCGAGUUGGGGGCCCAUGGGGGCCCCAGGAGCCCCCUAGGGGCUCAUGGGGGCCCCUUGGGGGCCCCUGGGGGCCCCUUGGGGGCCCCUGAGGGCCUGUGGGGGCCCCCGGAGCAGCCAGGAGAUGCUACUGCCGUAGAUCUAGUCCCCUAA